CUUCAUGUACGCUGUGAAGUUUUAAAAUUUGUAUUUUCAAAAUGGCUAAGGGAAGAUAUCCAUUCCGAAGGACAGUAGAAUUUUUAUCUAGUGGGAAAGUAGUGCUAAAACCUAGUGUAAAAAAUGUCUUGCUUUCUUAUUCACAUCAGGACAACAGUAAAGGAAUUAGGUGAGCAAAAAUUAUCUUGUAAGACUGCUUGAGCCCCCCCCCCCCUGACUUGCUGUGUUUGAAGAAAAUUGGUUCUUUUCCUUGUAGGAAUUUUAUAUUCAAAGAUGUUCCACAGUUGCAGUACAAAAAUCCCGACGUUCAAUUUGUGACGAGUAAAAGUGCUGCCGUCAGUUCACCUAGGAUUGACGUCUUCUUUGGUACGUCUACCCCUGCAUGACUGGAAAGUUUGAAAAUUGCACAUCCGAGAUUUCAUAGUAAAUAUAUAGAAAUUGCAUGCCUGAUAUCUUGGUUGCGCAAUAUAAACUUUCCGCACUGGUUCUUAGGUGUAAACAAUGGUAUUUAUUGAUGUAGAUUUUAAUGAUAAUAUUUGGAACUAUUCCUGUAUGUUGAAACUAUUAAUUUAAAUAAACUUUUUCUGUAAGGUAAACGUGAGAGAAUUAAUAUUGAUGUUGAUGAUUCAAAAGCAAGUGAGAUAUUUUCAAUGUUCCAACACAUUGCUGGGGCCUCGGAAAGGUACGUAGGAUGUUAGCCGAGUACACAGCCUCUGUGAACUAAUCUGAGCUAUAGAAUUGCAUGUGUGUUCCGUCAGACCUUAACGCUGCUGUAUUUUUGCAGUGAGAUGAAAGAAAUAGUUGGAAAACAGUCAAAAUAUCCGGCAAGAUUAAACCCAAGUAAUUUUGGAAGGUUUGGACAUUGCUAUUGUAUUUGUGAAAAACCAGGUCAAGUUGGGUGCCCGUCAAGGACUGCUUUGCCCGACGCUAAUAAACCAAAAUGGUGGCAGGUUAAAGGUGAAAAGGAUUCUGGGUAAUACACCGAGGUGUAUGAUAUUGGUUCGCUUCAAUAAGAAUUGACCCUAGGAGUUCUUACGUCACACAAUUUUCAAUCGAUAGGUAUAUUUAAUGCAAUGUGGAAUACAUGGUCAAAUAUUCAUUGUUUGGCAGUGACGUGAUGUAAGGACUUCCAAGGUGAAUUGCAGGGCUGCUGGUGGGUGUGAACUUCACAGGUUUUCAGCUGACAAGUGCUAACUGAAACUCAUCUAUAGAAUGCUUAUUCAAAGUAUAUCUGAUGUUGGAACAACCAGCGAAUGCAAGACUAAUAAUUUUCAUGUGAAUACUUUAUACAUAUAUCUAUUACAGUAUUAUAUUGCCACAACACGGUGAAGCUUGACACAACUAGUUAUCUUUUAAUUCGUUUAUUAUAUUCUAAUUGUAAUUCAUUUAAAUUUCUUUCUAAAGACCUAACUUCAUCAAACUGUCCAUUUUCCCUCGCUUUGUCAAGAAAAUCCUUGACAUUAUCUAUUUGUUGUAAGAUUGCAUCACUUUGAGGGUCAAAUGAUCGCCUUCUUUGUUCUACAUUCAUUUCCCGACGUCUUAUAACCGGUGAGUUUUGAAGUGAAUGUCGUUCUUUUCGUAAAACCUCCUGAUGCACCAAAGCUCGUUCCUUCAUCGCCUUCUCCUGCUGUGCUUUCUCGCGUUCUGCACGUCUUUUUAGCAACAUGGCUCUUUCUUUCUGAAGUGACGCAUACUCUUCCUCAGAUGGGAUUGAUUUGAGAGUAAACAUAUUGUUUUGUAAGUAAUUUGUUACGUAAGCAUGAAUGCCUCGCUGGAGUUUUUGUGAUGAUUUUCCAGGCAUGACCGUCUUGGUUGUGCCAUCCUCAGCUGUCGUCGUUGUUUGCCCAAGGGCAACGACUUUUUUGCUAUA